AUGGAUUCAUCCACAUAUUCAAAUGCGGCGUAUAUGGCUUAUCAAUAUGCAAAUAAGGCGAAGCUGGGCUCUGUCGCAGGACAGACCACAAUUUCGAUUCACUAUGAUAUACCUUGUGUUGGUUUUUUUGAAACUUUUUCUUGCCCUGAAGAAGAUUCUUCUGAUGAUGGCAUGGGCUUCACGUGCAACAAUGAAUAUUGCUCCAAUAGCCAAAGCGCUGCGUAUUGGAGUUCAGAUCUCUUUGGUUUUUACACCACUCCAACAAACAUAACUGUGGAAAUGAAAGGCUAUUUUUUGCCACCCCAGACUGGCUCGUACACAUUCAAGUUUGCAACAGUAGAUGACUCAGCAAUUCUAUCAAUCGGAGGUGAUGCUGCAUUUGAAUGUUGUAAACAAGAACAGCCUCCAAUUACAUCCGCUGACUUUACAAUUAAUGGUAUCAAACCAUGGGGCCAGAGCUUACCGCCUAACAUAGAAGGAUCAGCCUAUAUGUAUGCUGGCUUUUAUUAUCCAAUGAAGAUUGUUUAUUCAAAUGCUGUUUCUUGGGGUACACUUCCAAUUAGUGUGACACUACCAGAUGGUACUAUUGUGAACGACGACUUUGAAGGGUACGUAUAUUCUUUCGACGACAAUCUAAAUCAGCCUAAUUGUACUAUCCCAGACCCUCCUAGCCAUACCACUUCAGGCAUUAUAACCACUACCACAGGAUCAUGGACCGGUUCUUUCACCACUACAUACACUGAGACAUCUACAUUCACUGGUUCUAAUGGACUACCAACUGACGAAACUAUCAUUGAGAUUAAAACGCCAACUAGUGUCAGCUCAUCCAGUGCUCCAUCAUCAUCAAGUGUAGCAGGUUUGAUCACCACGACCACUGAACCAUGGUCUGGUACUUUCACCACGACAACCACGGAAAUGAGCACUUUCACUGGUACUAAUGGUAACCCAACUGACGAAACCGUCAUUGUUAUCAGAACUCCAAGCAGUAGAGGUUUGAUCACCACCACUACUGAACCAUGGUCUGGUACUUUCACCACGACAACCACGGAAAUGAGCACUUUCACUGGUACUAAUGGUAACCCAACUGACGAAACCGUCAUUGUUAUCAGAACUCCAAGCAGUAGAGGUUUGAUCACCACCACUACUGAACCAUGGUCUGGUACUUUCACCACGACAACCACGGAAAUGAGCACUUUCACUGGUACUAAUGGUAACCCAACUGACGAAACCGUCAUUGUUAUCAGAACUCCAAGCAGUAGAGGUUUGAUCACCACCACUACUGAACCAUGGUCCGGUACUUUCACUACUACCACCACCGAAAUGAGCACUUUCACCGGUACGAAUGGUAACCCAACUGACGAAACUGUUAUUGUUAUCAGAACCCCAAGCAGUGUCAGCUCAUCCAGUGCUCCAUCAUCAUCAAGUGUAGCAGGUUUGAUCACCACGACCACUGAACCAUGGUCUGGUACUUUCACCACGACAACCACGGAAAUGAGCACUUUCACCGGUACGAAUGGUAACCCAACUGACGAAACCGUCAUUGUUAUUAGAACUCCAAGCAGUAGAGGUUUGAUCACCACGACCACUGAACCAUGGUCUGGUACUUUCACCACGACAACCACGGAAAUGAGCACUUUCACCGGUACGAAUGGUAACCCAACUGACGAAACCGUCAUUGUUAUUAGAACUCCAAGCAGUAGAGGUUUGAUCACCACGACCACUGAACCAUGGUCUGGUACUUUCACCACGACAACCACGGAAAUGAGCACUUUCACCGGUACGAAUGGUAACCCAACUGACGAAACCGUCAUUGUUAUCAGAACUCCAAGCAGUAGAGGUUUGAUCACCACGACCACUGAACCAUGGUCUGGUACUUUCACCACGACAACCACGGAAAUGAGCACUUUCACCGGUACGAAUGGUAACCCAACUGACGAAACCGUCAUUGUUAUCAGAACUCCAAGCAGUAGAGGUUUGAUCACCACCACUACUGAACCAUGGUCUGGUACUUUCACCACGACAACCACGGAAAUGAGCACUUUCACCGGUACGAAUGGUAACCCAACUGACGAAACCGUCAUUGUUAUCAGAACGCCAACUAGCUCUGGUUUGAUCACCACCACUACUGAACCAUGGUCCGGUACUUUCACCACGACAACCACGGAAAUGAGCACUUUCACUGGUACGAAUGGUAACCCAACUGACGAAACCGUCAUUGUUAUCAGAACUCCAAGCAGUAGAGGUUUGAUCACCACCACUACUGAACCAUGGUCCGGUACUUUCACUACUACCACCACCGAAAUGAGCACUUUCACCGGUACGAAUGGUAACCCAACUGACGAAACUGUUAUUGUUAUCAGAACUCCAAGCAGUAGAGGUCUGAUCACCACGACCACUGAACCAUGGUCUGGUACUUUCACCACGACAACCACUGAAAUGAGCACUUUCACCGGUACUAAUGGUAACCCAACUGACGAAACUGUUAUUGUUAUCAGAACCCCAAGCAGUGUCAGCUCAUCCAGUGUUUCAUCAUCUACUCCAGGAAGUAUCAUUAGUUCUGUCACAUCUUCUCAUCCAAUUAUCACGCCCUUGUACCCCAGCAACGGAACUUCAAUUGUCAGUUCUUCCGCCAGCUCCCAGGAUCAAACCCCAAUUUCUUCAACAUCUACCUUAGUGAGCCCCUCUUCUGUACUUUCUGAACCAUCUAAAACAUUUGUUAUUCCAACUACUGGUUCUACUACCGAUUCCGCUGAAAUCCAAAGCAGUUCAAUUAAUUCUUUUACUGGCUAUUCCACAAAUCACAAAACUAGCUCUGUCUCUUCUUCAUCCGCUUCUGCAGAACCAUCAAAGGUGUCUAGUUAUUCAUCUUCAUAUAUCACCACUACAACAAGCGAGCAAACUACUUUGGUUACCAUAACUUCCUGCGGACCUCAUACAUGCACUGAGUCCACUUCUUCUGCUAUUGUUUCUACAGCCACAACAACCGUUAGCGGCGUCACAACAGAGUACACCACAUGGUGUCCUAUUUCUACCACAGUCCCAGCAAAACAAACUACACUGGUUACUGUUACUUCUUGUGAGUCUGACAUCUGUUCCAAGGUUACCUCUUCCGCUAUUGUUUCUACAACCACAGCUACUAUUAAUGGAGCUGUCACUGAAUACACAACAUGGUGUCCUGUUUCCACUACAGAAUCAAAACAACAGACAACACUAGUCACAGUUACUUCUUGUGAAUCUGGUGUCUGUUCAGAAACCGCUUCGCCAGCUAUCGUUUCGACAGCCACGGCUACCAUAAAUGACGUCGUAACGAUUUUCCCCACAUGGAGCCCACAAACUACGGACGAAAAAGCUGUUAACUCUAAUACUGUAAGUACCUCUUCCAUAUCAGAAGCUGCUGAAACCGAAACAGCAACCCGUUCUUCACUUUCAAGAUCCAGCUAUGCCGAAGAAACACACUCGACUGUUGCAUCCAGCGCAAUUGGACACACCAAUAGUGUUUCUGUUUCUGUUUCUGUUUCUGUAACUGCCAGCACCAGAGGUGUCUCAACUUCUGGCUUGAUCACUAUGUCUCAACAGCCUCGCAGCGUUUCUUCAAACGGUACACCUGUGUCCAGCACAGCUUCCUUAGAGAUUUCAAGCUACGUUGGUAUUGCGAAUGGUCUGCUGGCCAAUAGUGGACUAUGUGUCUUCAUUGCCUCCUUGUUGAUGUCAAUUGUUUAUUGA